AUGAUGAUUAAUGAUUAUGCUGCCCAAAAACCCUCUGUAGCCCGAGGGACACAAGCUACUCUCAGUGAUAUCCAAGCUGUUAGAGAGACUCCUCCCUCUCUCGGAAUUCUAAGGAAUGUCGGCAAUCCAUCGCACAAAGAAGAGUUGUCGGUGCUACGUGAAGAAUUCUACCAUACAGCGAGGCUUGCUCGAGAGCAUCGACGACUUCGUCUUUCGAUCAGAAAGCCGAAUGAAUCGGAUCUCUCACAUAUCAAGAAUAUAGCUCCCUGGUAUACUCGCCCACCGGGCAGAUUCGCGCUUUCCUGGGACCUCUUGGAUCCCGAAAAGGCCGGAGUAGUACCAACAAACGGUCACUCCGAUGCC